AGUGAGUGAUUAGGAGGAUCUGGAUUGAAGAGAAGAACAGCAGUGGGUGGAAGGUAAUCUAAAUAUUGAACGAUAAUCUUAAGCAACACAAUCCGUUUCGUGAUUCGUUUAUUGGAAGAAAUUGAAAUCGAAAUUGAAAUUAAAAUUGAAAUUGAAAUGGGAGACAGAGAAACAGAAACCCCAAUCGCAGAUGGCAACAACCAGAGCGAAAUUUUCAGAGCCAUAGAGGUUGUGGAGAGAGAUUCACUGGCCAUCGCUCAGAGUUUCACUUCGCUCUUCGCUUCUCUUCGCUUGGCCCUCUCCGAAUCUACCACAACCUCACUCCAUCACAUGCAAUGCUUUACCGAUGCCACCGGUCGCCUUCAGGAAUCUGUGCUUGAUGCAGCAACCAAGGGGAAUCGGUAUAUAAACUCAUGUCUCAGAUUGAAUGAAGAAAUGAAGCGCAUUGAUGAUCUCGCAUCUCAAUUAAAAAUCCUACGAAAGCAUGUAGAUGCUCUGGACUCCGCUGUUAACAAGCUUCUUAAUGUCUCCUGACACUUGGGGAUUCAGUCCUGCAUAAGGGUUGUGCUGGGAUGGUGAUGAAGUGCAAGUAAAACAACAUCUUUUUUUUUUGGCAGUUAAUAUGGAAGUUUCCUCUCCCUAAAGUAAACAAACAAGGGAUAGAGUUUACAGACUGAUCCCUGUGUUACAAUGUGCAUGACACAAUUUUUCUAGUGGACAGCAUGGUUGAAGUUUUAGAUGUUGAUGGUUUAUGCCUAUGCCUUUUUUAGGAACACUCGUGUUGUUAAUACUUGCUUGGAUAUAGAACUCUAGGAAUAGAAGUACUCAGAGAGUAGAGUGGCAUAUUUUGAUGCGUUAUUUUGUUCUGAAACGGGUGGUAUAAAACAUAAUAUGCUUCUUGUUGAGCAGCCUAUAUGCCAUUGCCCAUCUUGCAGAUAGAUGAGGUAAGAUAAGCUGCCUUUACUUUGUCACUCGCGGAAAGGAAAAAGUGUGAAAUUAAAGAAACAAGAAAGAUGGAAUGUCUGGCAUGUGUAAGAAUAAGACCUUUUGACUGACUAGUCUUGAAUUCUAUGUGUUGAACUAGCGAACAUAUGAAAAUAAAUAUUUCGGGCCCAGGCUCAUGAAUUUCGUCUACAAGUUUACUUGAGCAAGUGUGUGGAUUCCACCUGCUGGCUGCAAGGCAACUUGAGCAAUUUUUCAUAUAACGUGCUAAUGCUUGGAAGUUGGAAGCCCCAACGCCAUUUGAAUCAUUCUUAAUUAGGACAGACAACCCAUUGUUAGCAAAGCUGCGAUUAAUGUGUAACUUACAUCUUUGAUGCUAUGUGGGCAAGUAUGAAGCUUGGUUAUUGGAAAACAGUGUAUAUAAUAAAUUUGGGUGUAAAUAAUAAAAUGCGAAGGUUCUGAAAGGAGAAAUACACCGUGUAAGAUGUAAUAGAAUUUGGAUCGUUUUGCUUUUCAGUAGGGGGGAGUUGGGUGAGUCAUCUUGUUACAGAUCUGAUAAGUAUUAUUCUUCUCUUAUGUAAAAUCACAUAGAAAAGCUUUUUUUCUUUUUUCCUUUUAACAAUAAAUAUUAGU